UCAGUGAGAAAUACAGCUGGACGAAAAACAAACAAAAAAGGAUUACUGAUGUUUGAAAGUACAUCCGAUACCUGACCAGUUUAUUAGUUCUUAAAAUCAAAAUAUUUCGACAAUACAAUGGUCUCCGUUAACGUCGUGCAUGCAAGUUUUAUUUAAACUAUAUAUAUCUUUUAUUUGCGCUUUAAAUAUUUAUUUUUGUUUGAUAUUGUAUUGUUACCUCACCACCGCCAGAGAAUCUCCACUACACAGGUAAGUAUAGGUUUUCUUUUAUUCAAAUAAUUCUGUUUUUAAUUUCGUACAUUGUAUAGGCUCAUUAGAAGUAGCUGUAACCAAUAUGAAGUAAAUUCGGUUUUUAAAUAAGUAAUUUUUUUAACGAAAUAUCAAAAUCGAUACUUUUCUAAGAAUUUUGUAUGAAAUAUUAAAAAAUCUCUAGAAAAGUUAUGUAAAUGAAAAUUAGGUUUAUUGAAAAAGCAACGAAUGAAAGUGUUAUUAUGUUUGAGCUAUUUAUUAAAAUAUUGUAAAGUCUAAAUAAUUUGUUUUUCAAUAGUUUUUCAAACGCCAGUUAAACUUAUCGGGGGCAUUAUUUUUAAUAUUCUUCCAUAAAAAACUGUCGGACGUCAGUUUUUUUAUAUGCAUAAUAUAUGUUGAUGGAAAAAUCGACCCUAAGUAUCUAGACAAUUGUAAUGAAUUCGCAGACGUCGAUGAAUCAAAGCUAUACUUUACCGACUAGCGAAUUAGAGGCCAAUUUAUUCAGAGAACAACUUCCAAAUGGUGUGUUGGUUUAGAAAUUAACAGUUUUAAUUAACUAGUUAGUUAGUUAGUUCCCCGCGGUUUUACCCGCUGUUCGGCUGCUAUUUAUUGUAUUGUUAAAGUUUAUAGCCUUCAUGGCUAUUUGAACUAUCCAGCACAAAACAUUAUUAUUUCGAACCAGUGAUUCUUUGAUUAUCGGGAUCAUACAAACAAAUAGUUCAGCUUUAUAUAAUAUUAGUAUACUGAUAUUGACAGUGAUUUUACUGAAUUUACUUCCAGUUCUGUUAACUUCGUUGAUAGUCAGUUGUUAUAAAGAAACCGUACAGUAAUACCUGGUGUAGUAACUAUUUUUACUAAGUACCCCCAACUUGACAAUUGGAUACUAUGAAAGUUACCCAAUGACACUUUGAGUAGCUUUGAAUUGCUUGCAGAAAUAUUUUGUGCCUGAUGUCAUGUAUCAUCAAAGGUAGGUACACGUGUUGACAAAUCGCAGUGAAAUGGAGGUAAAAUCAAUAUCUUGAUAUAUUGUAGAUCAAGACAUUACGGCAUUCAGUGUUUACGUCUUCGUUGAUUACAGAUCUUGGCCAGUUAUAAUACCAAUUUUUUUUGUAGGCGAGACUUAAUAUUUAAUAAUGAAGACGCGGUCAUUAACCCAUCAUUGGCUUGGAAGUCUACCAUAACUGUUGACUGGCAAUGGUACGCAAACUAUAUGCGCAGACCUAGACGAAGACACUUUUAAAAUAAUGUGGUGCAAGCACUGCCAAAACAAUAAAUAUAUAAAUAAUAUUUUGUAGCCGAUUUUUACAAGAACUGCUUUGCUUGCAGUCAUACAGCCUUCGACAUAAUAUAUGUGGAGUAUCGAAACAGAGAUACUAUCAGGUCUCGGUCGGAUCACUUAAGGACAACGCCCCACACAGUGACAACACCCCGCUGACCACAAAUACCACAGACGGCGACGACAUUACGGCGAGCGGAUGAAAUAAUAGAAAAUGUUCAGGCUGUUAGGAAUAAACGCGAUAGAGGUCUCUCUAGUAGCCUUAUAAAAAUAGAAAUGGUAGGCCAAGAUUUAGAUCGUAAGAUUAGGCUUGAAGCACUUCGUAAAUCCCGCCAGGCAUCACAUGCACAAAGGACAGACGAGCGUACAGUACCCUCCCCGUCCUGGGAAGUGGAGCGAGGACGAGGCCGAGGACGAGACCUUGUUAACCGGUUUCUUAAAUUCCGUCAAGCUUCACACGCAGAAAAGAGAGAAGAGAACUCUAAAGCAAAUGUACAUGUCACUUCGUAUACUCGUACACGGUCCUGUUCGUCACAGGAAGACGAGUCCUGGGACCCCUCUGCCUGGGUUCAGCCAGAUACAAGCGGUGUGACUCCGUAUCCUCGUACAGUACCUUCCUCGUCCUGUGAAGUGGAGCGAGGUCGAGGCCGAGGACGGGACCUUCUUAACCGGUUACUUAAAUACCGUCAGGCAUUUAAUGCAGAAAAGACAGAAGAACACAAAAAAUCUGAUGUACAUGUCACUCCGUAUACUCGUCCACAAUCCUGUUCGUCUCAGGAAGACGACUCCUGGGACCCCUCUGCCGGGGUCGAGCCAGAUACGACAGGUGUUACUCCGUAUCCUCAUACAGUACCCUCUUCGUCCUGGGAAGUAGAACGAGGACGAGGCCGAGGACGAGAUCUUCUUAACCGGUUACGUAAAUUUCGCCAGGUAUCACAUACAGAAAAGACAGAAGAGCGCAUAGAGGCAGAUGUACAUGUGACUCCGUAUACUCAUCUAGGAUCCUCUUCGUCUGACGAAUGGCAGUCCUGGGAUCCCACUGCUUGCGACGUGCCGGGUAACCGCGGUGUUACUUCGUAUCCUCGUACAGUACCCUCCUCGUCUUGGGAAAUGGAACGAAGACGAGACCUUUCCAACUGGCUUGAAGCACAAUGGCAAUUCCGCCAGGUAUCACACCCAGAAAGGACAGAAGAGCACACAAUACACUUGAAUCAGAAUACUCGUCCAGGAUCCUGUUCGACCCAGGAAGAACACUCUGCCUGGGUCGAGCCAGAUACAAGCGGUGUGACUCCGUAUCCUCGUACAGUACCUUCUUCGUCCUGGGAAGUGGAGCGAGGUCGAGGCCGAGGACGAGGCCGAGGACGCGGCCGAGGACGGGGCCGAGGACGAGGCCGAGGACGAGACUCACCUAACCGGUUUCUUAAAUUCCGUCAGGCAUCACAUGCAGAAAAGACAGAAGAGGCAGGUGUACAUGUCACUCCAUAUACUCGUUCAGGAACCUGUUCGACCCAGGAAGAUGACUCCUGGGACCCCUCUGCCUGGGUCGAGCCAGAUACAAGCGGUGUCACUUCGUAUCCUCGUGCAGUACCUUCUUCAUCCUUGGAAGUGGAGCGAGGUCGAGGUCGAGGCCGAGGGCGAGGCCGAGGACGCGGCCGAGGACGUGGCCGAGGACGGGGCCGAGGACGAGGCCGAGGACAAGACCCCCCUAACCGAUUUCUUAAAUUCCAUCAGGCAUCACAUGCAGAAAAGACAGAACACACAAAGACAGAUGUACCUGUCACUCAGUAUACUCGUCCAGAAUCCUGUUCGUUCCAGGAAGAAGAGUCCUGGGACCCUUCUGCCUGGGUCGAGCCAAGUACGGGCGGUGUCACUUCGUAUCCUCGUGCAGUACCCUCCUCGUCCUGGCAAGUGGAGCGAGGACGAAAUCGAGGACGAGACUUUAUUAACCGCCAACUUCAAUCUUGUCAGGUAUCACAUGCAGAAAGGACAGAAGAGCGCAUAGAGGCAGACGUACAUGUUACUCCGUAUACUCAUCCAGAAUCUUCUUCGUCCUGGAAACAGGCAUCAGGUGGCCUUUCUGCCAGGGAGCGGCCGAGUACGAGCGGUGUGAAUUUGUGUACUCGUCCAGGACCCUCUUCGUCACAAGUAGGUAGGUCUGUGGAUACCCCUGCCUGUAGUGUGGAAGCGGAACAGAGACGAGGUCGAGGUCGACCUAUAUACGGUGUCACUCCGUGUACUCGCCUAGGAUCAUCUUCGUCCCAAGAACAGGCAUCAGGUGGCCAUCCUGCCUGGGAGCAGCUGAGUACGAGCGGUGUGAACCUGUGUACUCGUCCAGGACCCUCUUUGUCUCAAGUAGGUGGGUCUGGGGAUACCCCUGCCUAUAAUGUAGAAUCGGAACAGAGACGAGGCCGAGGCCGACCUAUGUACAGUGCCACUGCGUGUACUCGUCUAGGAUCAUCUUUGUAUCAGGAAAGGCCAUCAGGUGGCCCUCCUGCCUGGGAGCGGCCAAAUACGAGCGGUAUUAAUCUGUGUACUCGUCCAGGACCCUCUUUGUCUCAAGUAGGUGUGUCUGGGGAUACCCCUGCCUAUAGUAUAGAAGCGGAACAGAGACGAGGCCGAGGCCGACCUAUGUACAGUACCACUCCGUGUACUCGUCUAGGAUCAUCUUCGUAUCAGGAACGGGCAUCAAGUGGACCUCCUGCCUGGGAGCGGCCGAGUACGAGCGGUGUGAAUCUGUGUAAUCGUCCAGUACCCUCUUUGUCUCAAGUUUGUGGGUCUGGGUAUACCCCUGCCUAUAAUGUAGAAGCGGAACAGAGACGAGGUCGAGGCCGACCUAUGUACAGUGCCACUCCGUGUACUCGUCUAGGAUCAUCUUCGUAUCAGGAACGGGCACCAGGUGGACCUCCUGCCUGGGUGCGGCCGAGUACGAGCGGUGUUAAUCUGUGUACUCGUCCAGGACUCUCUUCGUCUCAAGUAGGUAGGUUUGUGGAUACCCCUGCCUAUAGUGUAGAAGCGGAACAGAGACGAGGCCGAGGCCAACUUAUGUCCAGUACCACUCCGUGUACUCGUCUAGGAUCAUCUUCGUAUCAGGAACGGGCAUCAGGUGGCCCUCCUGCCUGGGAGCGGCCGAGUACGAGCGGUGUUAAUCUGUGUACUCGUCCAGGACCCUCUUCGUCUCAAGUAGGCGAGUCUGGGGAUACCCCUGCCUAUAACGUGGAAUCGGAACAGAGACGAGGCCGAGGCCGACCUACGUACAGUGCCACUCCGUGUACUCGUCUAGGAUCAUCUUCGUCCCGGGAACAGGUAUCAGGUGGCCCUACUGCCCGGGAGCAGCCGAGUACGAGCGGUGUGAAUCUGUGUACUCGUCCAGGACCCUCUUCGUCUCAAGUGGGCGAGUCUGGGGAUACCCCUGCCUAUAAUGUAGAAUCGGAACAGAGACAAGGCCGAGGCCGACCUAUGUACGGUGCCACCCCGCGGACUCGUCCAGGAUCAUCUUCGUUCCAGGAACGGGCAUCAGGUGGCCCUACUGCCCGGGAGCAGCCGAUUACGAGCGGUGUGAAUCUGCGUACUCGUCCAGGACCCUCUUCGUCUCAAGUAGGUGAGUCUGGGGAUACCCCAGCCUAUAACGUAGAAUCGGAACAGAGACAAGGCCGAGGCCGACCUAUGUACGGCGCCACUCCGUGGACUCGUCCAGGAUCAUCUUCGUUUCAGGAAGGAGGAUCUGGGAACCUCUCUGCAGGUGAUAGGCUCAGUACGAGCGGUACGGAUCAGCGUAGUCGUCAAGAACCCUCCUCGUCCCAGGCAGAGGUGUUAUGGGAACCCUCUACGAGUCAAGAGCCGAGUACGAGUGAGGGGACUUCGCGUACAAGGCCAGGGCGCUCCUCAUCCAGAGAGGAAUUGCAAGGCCAAGACCAAGGUACGAGCGAUGGGAAUCCAUUUCAUCGUACAGGCCCCUUCCCGCCCCAGGCAUGGGUGAUUGACCCCUGGGACACCUCUUUGUCGGAAGAAGACGAAGACGAAGACGAAGACGAUGACUUUUCAAUUAAUGAGCCUCUAUCUCCUACUAUGUUACGCCGACUCCGAAACCAAGGUGUGAGCUUUGCGUCUCCAUUUACUGGUACAGGACCCUGGACAGGAACAAUACAGGUAAUGGCUGAUGGAAAUAUUUUGUACGUUCCUGAGGAGGAAUCAAAUUAUAUUGUUGAAGAAAGGCGACAUUUUUUCAAGGAGCUACAAGCUAGGUUGUCUAAAAAUUUAAACGUUAACCUUAAUGUAGACGAAGUUUUGGAAAAUUUUGGAGACCCUAAAGAUCCAAAGCUACUAGAGGCUUUCUUCAAAAAAGUGGAAGAGGAUAAUGCUGCCUCAGAGGAAAGUCAGGACGAUCAGCCAAGAGUGGGAUAUCAUGCAAGGCGACGAUUUAUGGAUGAAUUCAAGAGAAAGGAAAAGGGAGACGAAGAUGAAAAGAAAGAUUAAUUGUGAUUUGUGUAAGAUGGAAAAUGAUGAAAAGUUUAUUUCAAAAUAUACCAAAGAUGUAUUUUGUAAGAUGUGUUACUCACAUAUAUAAGUAAUAUAUAAGUUCUAAUUGAAGAAAUUAUUCAAAACUCAUUUAUGGCAUACAUAGCAGAAUUUCAAUAUUGUGUGACAGUAGAGAAAAUUGUAAUUCUGUUAAAUGGAGAAAAUGGGAUACCUAUUACAUGUUCGAUAUUUAAGUAGCGACAUUUAAUGUUUAGGCUAUAUCACAAGGAGCCGAAAGGCCAAGGUACUUACUGAUAAAUUUUCAAAAAAAUAUAAUUCCAUGUCAGACAUGUUUAUGUAAGUUAUAAGUUUCAAUGUUAUUUAAGAUUAUCAUAUAUAAUCAUGUAUUUUAAAUAAGAUAUGUAGCUGCUACAGUAAAUGUAGUAUUUAAGUUAUUUUAACAUAACUUCUUCAGAUUUAAACUAUCACACACCGAGCGGUCACCGGUGACCGCAACCUAUUGUUCUUUAAUUGUGUCUAUAUUGACGGUACUCAACGAGUUAAUCAUUUUCAUAAAAUAAGUGUGUUGUUAACAACAUAAAAUUUU